AUUUGAAGGAGUAUGAUGCAGAUUAAUUAGUAAUUAGCGUAAAUAGUAUGCUUUGUUCAUCCUUCGACAGAUUCAUUUAUGUUGACGUACUGGGCAUACCCGCCAUCACACCAGCGCCAGCUUUCAGCAAGUUCAGUGCUUAACCCUGGUUACACAAGAUGGUUUGCAAGAGAUUCUUAGCUUUGUUGCUGCUCGUCGUCGCCAUUUUAACGACAAGCCUAGCAGCCCCUGCACCUGGACCUGUACCUGCUGCCAGGCCGUUGGCUGGUCCAGUGGCCAAUCCAAAGGCAGACCCUCAAUUUCUAGCCUACAGUGCAUAUGCCUAUCCAGCUUAUAGCUACUACAACAGUUACUAUUACCCAGCAUAUGGAUAUUAUGGUUACGGAUAUGCCUCUCCUUACGUCCUGGUCUAAAAGUACAGCAGCCACAAACAUCUAUCAAAUUAAGUAACAGUUUAAUUUUUGUUUAUACCUAUAUGCCUAUGUAAUUUAAAGUACACAAUAAAUUAGUUUUCUAUAA